GCCAAGCAGUCAUGCAUGUCUGGCUUCUAUGAAUGUCUUCGCUUGGGUAAGGGCGGAAGGUCAGGCAUGUUUGCCAUGCUCAACAACGUGCCGCCGCCAGUAGAAAUUCUUCAGUCCGACUUUCCCUGGUACCAGAGGUUCUGCGGUUGCAGUAGACAGCUGGAGAGCGGUGGUCUCCUCAACGAAGCGCUGACCAAAACCAGCAUCAGCACCCUGGACAGAAUCAAAACCAUCAAGUACAUUGAGCGUUACCCGUCUGUCGUCGGGGAUGCCAAAAACCUCGUGACCUGUUUGGAGAACUUGCAGUGUCUGGUCAAAGACGAGGGCCCCGAUAUAGUGGUAGCGUCCACGGAAGCCUUGACAUCGGUACUGCGGAAGCACGGCAGCAAGCUGAGCGACGUCAUGGUCGAGAAAGUCCUAAAAACGUCUUUCGAGCUGCUGCUCUCUGCCCGGGUCAAGAUAAGAAACCGGUUUGUGGAUGUGCUUGUUCUCCUGCUUAAGUUGCACCCUGGAAACGCUUCGAGUAAUCUUCUCUACCUGGCACAAAGCUGCGAUCAGCUGCAGACCGUGUGUGCCAUUGAGGCCUUCUGCAGAAUCAUUCAGACUCGUUAUCUGAAAUUUCUGCCCCUGAAGUGCAUUUUUCAUUACUUUUCGAUAAACGUAGACAAUGACGAUGCCAAUGUUCGUUCCUACGCCAGCAAGGGGGUGGCACUGAUGGAUUUUUACUUUUGAUUGGACAAGACGAACGCACUCCUGUAACGUCUGUAGCAAUGAAA